CGGUGCUGGAGCCUCAGCGGCGCGGGAAGAGCGGAGCCGGGCCUCUGGCAAUCGGGACAUCGCCGUCAGGAGCCGUCCGGAGAGGAGCCAUGUGUACGCCCAACCUCUUCACCCUCGUCCUGGUGGUGCAACCAUCUCGCAUCCUCCUGGGCAUGAAGAAACGUGGGUUUGGAGCCGGGCUCUGGAACGGUUUUGGGGGAAAGGUGCAGCCGGGUGAGAGCAUCGAGGAGGCUGCUCACAGGGAGCUCCAGGAAGAGAGCGGACUGACUGUGGACACCUUGCAGAAGAUGGGCCAGAUCACAUUUGAAUUUGUAGGCAACCCUGACCUCAUGGAAGUUCACAUUUUCCGGGCAGAUCAUUUUAAUGGAGAGCCAACAGAAAGUGAUGAAAUGCGGCCUCAGUGGUUUCAGCUGGAUGAGGUGCCAUUCAGUCAGAUGUGGCCAGAUGAUAGCUAUUGGUUUCCCCUGCUGCUUCAGAAAAAGAAGUUUCAUGGCUAUUUUAAGUUCCAAGGACAAGACACUAUCCUGGAGCACACCCUGAAAGAAGUGGAGGAAGUUUAAGAAGAAAACAAGCAUUCAUCACACAUGAUGCCUUCGUUGAGCUAGAACGCCAUGAGUACUUACCGGGGUCUCCUUUCUCAGCUCCCCAGCAAAGGAGAUUUAUCUGCCAGUUCACUGGGAAGUAACGAAAAUAAGGGCAUUUCUUAAAGCAGAUACAGAUGUAACGAGACUUUCCAUGCUAUGAAGUCACUGACUGUAGUAUGCUUUAGCGGUUACUUGAAGACAACUCUGAAGAACUUGCAGUUAACCCUUGUUUCUCAGGGGGUUAGUGUGUGAAGCUUUUCCAUCAUGGCUGGAAAUCUUUUUAAAAAAAAGAUUAAAAAUGUUUUUCAGUAAAAGAA